GUUUAGACGACGAUGCGUCCGCAUCUUGAAUUGAAGCAUUCGCCAUAUCCACGAACAUGGCUCAACCCGGCACGCUCCACCGCUACACACCCCGCCUCGUCGCCUUCGAGCACGCACCCCCGCGCGCUGCAUCAGCGCCCGAACCGCUCAACACGCUCCUCUGGAUCGGCGGCCUAGGUGACGGACUCCUCACAGUGCGCUACCCGACUGCAAUCGCAGCCUCACUACCGCCGAACUGGCGUCUCGCCGAGGUCCUACUCUCCUCUUCCUACAAAGGCUGGGGCACCGGAUCUCUCAAGCGCGAUGCGCGCGAACUCGGCGACUGCGUGAGGUAUUUCAAAGAGGAGGCGAGGAAGGGAGGGAAAGUCGUGCUUAUGGGACAUUCGACGGGCUGUCAGGAUAUCAUGGAGUAUCUUGUCGGCGCGGGCUGUGAGGGGAGGAACGCAGUGGAGGGCGUGGUGUUGCAGGGCGGUGUUAGUGAUCGCGAGGCAUGGGCCAACAUGCAGAGGGAUGAUGAGGGGAUGAGGAAGGGGUUGGAGGAUGUAAUGGAAAUGGCGGAGAAGAUGGUAAAGGAGGGGAAGGAGAGGGAGGUGCUGCCGCGCGAGGGGAAUGUGGUUACUGAGACAUUGGGGGCGCCGGUAACGGCGUAUAGGACGCAUAGUUUGCUUGCGAAGGGCGGCGACGAUGAUUAUUUCUCCAGCGACCUGCCGGAUACAACGCUCGCCGGCACGUUCGGAAGGAUUCCUGAGACGACCCCGGUGAUGUUUCUCCUUGGUGGAGAAGAUCCAUAUGUUCUGGCUUCCGUCGAUAAAGAGGGAUUGUUGAAGCGGUUUGCGGAUGCUAUAAGGACAGGGGGUGGGGUGGUAGAUGAUAAGAAUGGUGGGGUGUUGCAGGGGGCGCAUCAUAAUCUAAAUGAUGAUCCCGCGGAGGUGGCGCAGGAUCUGGUGAAGAGAGUGGUGGGGUAUUUGAAGGGGCUUGAGAGUGAGUUGGAUGCGCCUUCAAGGCUAUGAAAUACAAAAAGGAGAGACUGGUCUAGCAGCUACCGCCAUCGGCCCUGAAAGAAUUGCUUGGCUUCUGUAGUGCCACGCUUUGCAUUCAGGAGGUGCAGCUGCUAGUCUCCUCGAGGAUUUCA